AUGCCCUCGGAAAUGCUAUGCAAGUUGCUAAAUGUCUCAUCUAUCAAUCAUUUUGAAGGCCUACGUGAAGACGCUGAAGUAGAUGAAGGGGGUGCUAAGAGAGUUAUUGGAAGAGGUAAUAAGGACAAUUUAGACCAAAUGUCGAUGAUGAAAACUGUGGUGAACGAUAUGCCACUCGUGAGAGGAAAGAAUGGUAAGUGCUCUCAUGUCUUUUCCGAUCACAAGUCUCAAGUAUUGUUUUACCAAGACAAGCACAUAGAAGAUUUUGAUUACCAGAUUAGCCAAGAGUUCGUUGCGUGGAAGCCAUAA